AACCUUCAGACUCAGCCAUCAGAGCACACUUCCCUCAUCUUCACUCUCUCCUCAUUCCUCCAUUCAUCCUUCUCCCUUCUAAUUCCAGUAGUCUCUCCCUCUUCUUCCCUUCUCAUUGCCCUCAGCACUGUCUGUCUCUCCUCUUUCCAUCUCUUUGAUUGACUUUGACAAAGUUUGAAGCAUGGGCUGUGGGAAUUCCACCUCUGCCAGCACAGCUGCAGGUCCAUCUGAGUCAGCCAAAGAUGUCCCAUCGGAUCAUCUCUUGGUUCUGUUCUGGUUCUGGGCCCACAGGCAGGACGAUUCGUCUGUGGAUGACGAGAAGAGGAGAAAUUAUGGUGGCGUGUAUGUGGGCUUACCUGCAGACCUCAGCAAUGUGGCCACCGGACAAACAGCCUCCACACAAAAGGAAUAAUGAUAUUCAGAGUUGAAGGCACAGAUAAAGGGCUUUCCAGAGGGAGUCAUGUCUGAAAAUGGCUGUGUAAUGAUCUCAACAGGACGCAAUUUUCGUCAUCUCGCCGGAAUCCUUUGAGAGCCAAUCAUCUAAUUGAACUCUCUGGAAACUGAACUAGAAUUAGAUCUGCUGACAAGGUCAGAGGUCAAAGACAAAUCAUCCCUCAGCUCUUUUAAGGGCAAGUUCUACCAGCACCUUGCUUCUCAGGACAAUGACACACAGGUGUUAAUGACAAUCACAGAGCAAUGAAGAAGCUAAAAAUGUAUCUUUGAACGAUGUUGCUCUGUAUGUUUUUAAAAGGGUUUUUACAAGGGUCAAGUGGUUUUCGAUGGGGAAAUGGGACUACUUAUGCACUUACGAGUCUGUUUUUGUUCUUCACUCUUUCAACAUAUACAUCCUUUCAGACAUUCUCCUCUACACUGUAAAAAAUAAUAAUAUUUACAGUAAAAUACCGGCAGCUGUGGUUACCAGAACUUUACCGUAAAAAAAAUGGUAGAAACAUUUUAGGUUUUACAGACUUAACUUAAUUUAACUAUAAUAAAACAUGUUUCAUUAACUGAUGUAAUGUUAAUAAAGCAACAUAUUGAAGUUCUGAUAUCUGUUUUGAACCAUUGUAAUACUAAUAAUCGCCAAAAACAGUAAAACUACAUUAAAUGCAAUCACAGUUAUUCACUGUAUAUAUUAUGGAAACUUACUGAUAACCAAUAAACAUGUUUUUACUGUUGCAUUUUUGCAGUCUUUUACUGUUAAAAUCACAAUCCUUUUUUUACAGUGUAGUCGUAAAAUGUCCAUAUUAUGCCUUUUCGAAUAUUACCUUUCAUGUAGUGUAUCAUGUAGCUAUAUGUGAACAUAAACUAUCUGUAAGUUUUGAAGCUGACAGUGCACGAUAAAUAAAGUUAUUGUCUAUAAAAAAUUUAAAAACAAGUUUGGUUGCAAUCGCCAAAAUGAGUCGUCACAAAUUCGAAUCCUAUUCGGUUACGGCUCUACGUCACAAAGUAACACAUUUGUAUACUUUCUGCCCACGUUCUACAUCUCCAAUUCGCUUGCCUACAAAUGGUAAAAUUUCACUUGACACUUACCAUUGAGAAAUGUCCUGCUCUAGUCAUGCUUGAGAAUCGGUCUCUUGUCAAUCAGCCAGUUUAACCAUUUCAUCAUCAGACUCUGGCUUGAAUUGGUAAGCUACAAUCCAUACCAUCUUUACUAUGUAUUGACAAGUCUUCAGGGCUGUCCUUCCGUCAUGGCAAUGGGCGUUUAAUUUCUGGACAUGGUCCAGACCAAUCCAGAGCCAAUCUUUCUAUUACUCUGUAUCAUUCACAAAGGACUGCGCCAUCUGACCAAUCACAACAGUGAGUUGUUUACAAAUCAUUUACAAAUGUUAAAUUAUUAUUAUUUUUGUUGUUGUUGAGAAAACAGUGUUUUUUGCCCAGGAGACUCAGGAGACUAGGAGACUAGGAGACUCAUAAAACAAUAUUAGCAACCUUAAAAAUGGCAUUAUAGGGGCACACUAUAAGAAAAAAGUCCAUAAUGUUUGCAAGAUGGCAAAAGAGGUACAUGAAGUGCCUUUAAAGGAGCUUGUUGCUGGUCUGUCAGGUGAGUCCUCUUAGUGCUUCUUCAAGCCCUGCACUGUCUUCUGGAGGUGAAAUCAAGGGUUAUGUGUUUGUGAUUGGGUUUAAGGUCCCUCCAUCUCGCUAAUCCAAUUAGAUUGACCCAGUGAGAGCCGAGUUUUACAACGAGAGUAUCUGUGCUAGCAGCGCCUGACCUGAGAGAACUCCGAGGACUGUGUAAGUAGGCCAGCUGGAACUCACGCUCCUGUGACACAGGGGAGAAGAGAUGAGGAGGGAAAGACAGAGAGUGCUUGAGCCAGACGUGUAUCACAGCGGGAGCUGAAUGAGACACUGAUUCCUGAGGGAUGGCAGGUUGUGAGCCGAUACUGUGACACGGGUUCUAGCUGAACUCCCAUGAACCCACUUUCCUCACUCCUUAAAGAGACCCAGAAAGAAAUGUGGUUGUUAUAUAUUGUUUCAA